CUUCAAGCCCAGCGGGGCGGAGGAGUUAGUAAACAAGCUGCGCGCCUCGUGGUGACACCGAGGAGAAAAGGGGCGAGAUACAGCCUUUGGCAUAUGAUGUAGUUGGAUCCCUCCAUGAUCUAUUUAAAGAGCACUGGAGGUGAUCCACCAUGGCGGGAGAUGCCAUCAUGGUGAUGCGAGGCCUGGCAAAACUCAGUAAGGCAGUCCUAGAGGCACAAGCAGGACAACUCCGGCAAGUAGUUCUUGGGGGUGAUGCUGUAACUGUAGUCAGGAGCUUCCAGGCUGCUGCUGAAGAACAGUUCAGUACAGCCAUGGGGAAAAUGCAGGAAUUGGGGAAACAACAGGAAAACUUUAAAGAUCUUGAUGAGGACUUUGGAAAAGAGUACAACUUCUCAGAAUCAGAGUGGAGUGAUGCUUCAAAAGACUUUUCCCCUCCACCAAAUCAGCCUCCUGUGGAUGGUGGUGCAAAAGGCCCGUCUUAUUCUUAUGUUGCCAAAGAACCUUUUUCAAAUAUUGAUGGGAGUGGAGAUUCUAGUUCGAAUCCCAUUUCUGCUAAAGUGAAUGCAAAGCUCUUUGGAGGCUUUAGGGACUGUGGGAAUCUGUAUGGUCCUAUUUAUCGGCAAAGCCGGGCUUUUCAUCAAGACCAUUCCUCUGUUGGUGGACUCACAGCUGAAGACAUUGACAAGGCUCGGCAAGCUAAAACGGAUCCACAGCACAAACCAUACAAACAGAUGCUCAGUGAACGUGCCCGAGAGCGGAAAGUGCCAGUUACUCGAAUUGGGAGACUUGCUAACUUUGGAGGCUUGGCAGUUGGUCUUGGCAUUGGAGCACUUGCAGAGGUUGCAAAGAAAAGCCUUAGAUCUGAAGAACGUAAUGGAAAGAAGGCUAUAACGGAUGCCAGCCCGUUUCUAUCAGAGGCCAAUGCAGAAAGAAUUGUGAGAACCCUGUGCAAAGUUCGAGGGGCUGCGCUGAAGCUAGGACAGAUGCUGAGCAUUCAAGAUGAUGCCUUUAUCAACCCUCACUUGCAGAAGAUUUUUGAACGUGUGCGUCAAAGUGCAGAUUUCAUGCCUAUAAAGCAAAUGAUGAAAACCUUGAACAAUGAUCUUGGCCCUAACUGGCGUGAUAAAUUGGAGUUUUUUGAAGAGCGACCUUUUGCUGCAGCUUCCAUUGGACAGGUUCAUCUGGCACGCUUGAAAAAUGGCAAAGAAGUUGCCAUGAAAAUCCAGUAUCCUGGAGUGGCCCAGAGCAUUAAUAGUGAUGUCAGCAAUCUGAUGACUGUCCUGAGUAUGAGCAAUGUUCUCCCAGAAGGUCUCUUCCCUGAACAUCUGAUUGAAGUUCUGAGCAGAGAGCUGGCCCUGGAAUGUGAUUAUAAGAGAGAGGCAUCCUGUGCAAAGAAAUUCAGGGAACUGCUGAAGGAUCACCCAUUCUUUUAUGUCCCUGCUGUGGUGGACGAGUUGUGCAGCUCCCAUGUCCUGACGACAGAACUGGUCACAGGGUUUCCACUGGAUCAAGCUGAAGAACUCAGCCAGGAGAUCCGGAAUGAGAUCUGCCACAACAUACUGGUCUUGUGCUUGCGAGAACUGUUUGAGUUCAGGUAUAUGCAGACUGAUCCAAACUGGUCUAACUUCUUCUAUGACCCAGAAUUGCAUAAGGUAGCCCUUCUGGAUUUUGGGGCAACCCGUGGCUUUGAUGAAGAAUUUACAGACGUCUACAUAGAGUUAAUCAAAGCUGCUGCUGAGAUGGACCGAGAGACAGUGCUGAGGAAAUCAAUAGAAAUGAAAUUCUUAACUGGAUACGAAGUCAAGGCUAUGGAAGAUGCACAUUUGGAUGCUGUCCUCAUCCUGGGAGAAGCAUUUGCUUCCAGUGAACCUUUUGACUUUGGCUGCCAACAUACCACAGAGAAGAUACAUGGCUUAAUCCCAGUCAUGCUGAAGCACAGGCUGGUCCCUCCACCUGAGGAGACCUACUCUCUCCAUCGGAAAAUGGGGGGUUCUUUUCUCAUAUGCUCCAAACUGAAGGCCAAAAUUCCAUGCAAGGACAUGUUUCAGGAAGCCUACGGGAAUUACUGGAGCAGAAAGGCCAAGAAGGAGGAGAAUAAAAACUGUUAAAACACCUUGUGCUACAUGGCCAAUCGUCCAAAUUGUGGUUAACCACCAUUCAGUUUUUUCUCACAACCCCAGGAUCACUGCAGAAGCAUGGCAACCUGUCACCUGGAAAGAGAACGCCUGGUUUCAAGGGCAAUAUUGUUUGUCUAUUAAUCGUAUCUCCUGCACUUUAUACACUCACCAUUAUCUGUGUAACUUUGUUUUACAGGAAAUGGCAAUCAGCUAGUAUAGGGUACCUGGAGGAAAACUAGGCAGCUGUGUUUCUUUACUAUCCUAGGUAUGGGCUUUCAUUUUCAUAGUUUAAUACUAAUCGCUGUGUACCUUUAAAAAAAGUAACAGCAGAUGGAGGAAAGUGAACCAAAAUAAGUUGGCAUUGAAAUCUUAUUUGUAAUUCUUCAAACAUUUGUGGUUUUUCCCCAUUUUUAGAUGUCCUUCAGGGUUUUUUGUCCAAGGUGGAAUACAAAUGGUUUGAUAUUGUGAAGAAGGUUGCCAACAUAACUUACAGAGAAAACACCUAUUUUUGUAUCAUAUUUGAUGGGAGUCUGUAAUGGGAUUUCCUGGUGGAGCAGGACAAGAUGUGUACAUAGGGAUUUUUUAUGCCUUCAGUUGUUAAUUUUCAAGGAAAGUGAAGAUUUUAAAGAAUCAGAUGCAAGAGAUGUGGUGGCAUAUAUAGAACACUCUGCUUGAAAUUCAGUUGCUCUCUUCUGAUUCUUUGAGUUGAAUGUAUAAGCAGAGGGAAUGUAAUACAUGGAGUUCUCAUUAAAUGAUUCAGCGGAACCAGAGCUCUAACUGGCAUUUGUAGAAGCCCAACUGUGAAAAUGUAGUCCUACCAUUUUCAUGUUUGCAUCUUUGUAGUGCAAUUAUUGAUGGAAAGCAAGUGGGGGAAACUUGUACUCUGGGCUUCUUAUAGCAGUAUCAAAGAAGGCAAUUUGGGAUUACAUUGAAAAGCUUAAUAUACAUGUAAGUAGCUGAACGCACAACCUUAAACAAUUGGAGGCAAGCUGGCAAAUGUAUUUUGGACUUUUUGUAAGAGUUUGAAGCUGUACAACUUUCAAUUGAUUUCCAAUAAAGAAGUGCUUGUGCAGA